AGCGCCUUCGUACCAUGUCCCGGAGAGAGUUUGUGUCCCCAGAAGGCUUGCGGCUGGACGGACGGCGGCCGGACGAGCUCCGUAAGCUGCAAGCCCGGAUGGAUCUGUUCUCGCGGGCCGACGGAUCAGCCUAUGUGGAGAUGGGCAAUACCAAGGUGGUGGCGGCAGUGUACGGACCCCGGGAAGUGCGGCGGGCUUCGAUGGCCAAGCAUGAUCGUGCUGUUGUUCGUGCAGAGUUUGGUAUGGCUACCUUUGCCACAGGCGAGCGGAAGAAGAGCUCAAAGGGCGACAAGCGGUCGGCAGAGGUCUCGCAGAUGCUGGUGGCUACCUUUGAGCCGGUCAUUCUGACAGAGCUCUUCCCGCGUUCACAAAUCGACAUCUUUGUCCAUGUUCUGCAGGCGGAUGGUGGCAACGUUGCUGCUGCCAUCAACGCGGCUACUCUGGCGCUCAUCGACGCUGGCAUCCCGCUCAAGGACUUUGUCGUCGCCUGCUCGGCCGGCCACAUCGACGGCGCCAACGUGCUGGAUCUCAACUAUCUGGAGGACUCGUCCGGUGGCGGCCCCGAGCUGCUGCUGGCCAUGCUCCCCACCGAGGCCACGCUCUCGCUGGUCAAGAUCAACGACCGCAUCCCGCUCGACGUCUACGACGCUCUCGUCUCGCUGGCUAUGAAGGGCGCCGCUCUCAUCCACGAAGUUCUUGUGGCCAAGGUCAAGGAGCAUGCACAUCAGCAGGCUGCCUCGCUGGGCACUAUUGUGUGAGAAAGCAUGCGCAAGGCGGCCCGCGUCGUGCAUGUUAUUGGCCAGCGCGUCCUCCGUCGAGCCGGCAGUUUACAUCCGCGUCCGGAUCAGCGUCGCGUCGAUCUGCUUGAUCUGCGGGAGCGUGUCGGCCAUGAUGGCGCGGUACCGCGGGUGCUCGGCAAUGGGGUUGCCCUCAAAGUACACCGUCUCGAGCUGAGGUGCGUCCUUGAGCACCUCGACGUCGGCCCAGUCGCUCACGGUGUUGUGGUUCAUCCAGAACUCGGUCAGCGCUGCUCGCGGGAGCUCGUCGGCCGGAAUCGCCGACAGCGCGUUGUUUGAGAUGUCAAACGUCUCCAGCGCCACAAGCUGCGCAAUGCCCUCGAGGCUCUCGAUCGCGUUGUGUGCCAGGUACAGGUCCGUCAGCUUGGUGUUGGCCUCGAGCCCCUCGAGCUUGGUCAGCCGGUUCGACUGCAAGUCCAAGAUCUCCAGAUUGGUCAGGUUCUCCAGCCCGGUGAUCUUCUCGAGCUUGUUGCGCCCAAGCCACAGCUCCCGCAGCGCUGUGAGCGUCUCCAGGCCUUCGAUCGUCCGCAGCCGGUUCGAUCCGAGCUCGAGCAUCUCCAGGGCCGUCAGCUUCUCCAGCCCCUCGAUCUUGGUGAUCUUGUUCGAACACAGAUACAGCUUGCGCAGGCCGGUAAACGAAAUGUCGGGCACACCGAGCGGGGCCAUCGACCGGAUGAGAUUGAACGAGAAGUCGAGGAUGACGAGCUUGGAGAGGUGAG